CCUUUUUUCUGAACACUAUCUUUGAAAGUUAUAAAGAAUAAAUAAGUAUUUCUAAGCAUCACAAAUGCAAACAGCAGUACUUCUGGCCCAUAAAACUUGGGCUAUGAGAGGUACGUCUUAUUAAAUUUUUUAAAGUUAAUUCUACUACAAGCAAGAAUACUUGAAUUGAGAGUUUAGUCUACAAAGACCUGCACAUGGAAAAGCUUGAAUGGGGAAGAGUAAUUUGAGACAUUCUCAACCUAAGGAGAAACUGGAAAAAUAAACUAUGAAACAUGUUUCAAUACCUGUAUAUGGCAGACACUGGAAAACCUGAAUGUCAGAAUACCGAUACACUGGAGACACUGGAAGGCGUAGAUAUUGAGCCAGGUGACGGAAGACUGGGUAGUCGUAGGAAGACAUGAAGACACUGGAAGACAUAAAGAUGCUGGAAGAUGCGGAGAUGCUGGAAGACGGGCAGAUGCUGGAAGCCCUGGAGAUGCUGGAAGCCCUGGAGAUGAAGGAAGACAUGAUUUUUUUUCUGGAAGACAUAGGCUGGAAGACAUGAAUUUAAUGGAAGACAUAGAUAUUCUGGAAGAUGUGGAUUUGGUAGAAGAUGUGGAUUUUCUGGAAGCUCUGGAUUUUCUGGAAGAUGUGGAUUUUUCCGGGAGCUCUGGGUUUGCUGGAAGACAUGGAUUUUCUGGAAGCUCUGGAUUUGCUGGAAGACGUGGAUUUUCUGGAAGAUGUGGAUUUGCUGGAAGACGUGGAUUUGCUGGAAGCUCUGGAUUUGCUGGAAGACGUAGAUUUUCUGGAAGAUGUGGAUUUGCUGGGAGACCUGGAUUUUCUGGAAGCUCUGGAUUUGCUGGAAGUUGUGGAUUACAGAAGUCUGGAUUUGCUGGAAGACCUGGAUUUGCUGGAGGACAUAGAUUUUCGAGAAGCUCUGGAUUUGAUGGAAGACAUGGAUUUUCAGGAAGACCUGAAUUGUCCGGAAGACCUGGAUUGUUUGGAAGACAUGAAUAUGCUGGAAGACUUGGAGUUCCUGGAAGACAUGAAUUUUCUGGAAGACAUUGAUCUUCAGGAAGACAUAUCUUGGCUGGAAGACUUGGAGUUAUUGGAAGACAGGAACUUUCUGGAAGACAUGGAUAGUGUGGAAGACCUGGAUUUAGUGGAAGACAGAUUGUUGGAAGACUUGAAUUGGUGGAAGACAUAGAUUUACUGGAAGACCUGGAUUUUUCUGCAAGAUGUGGAUUGACUGGAAGACCUAGAUUGACUGGAAGUUGUGGAUUUGGUGGAAGACACUGAUUUUUCUGAAGACAUCGACUGUCUGGAAGACCUAGAUUUCUUCCUGGAAGACCUGGGAUUUUUGGAAGACAUGGAUUGAUUGAAAGACUUCGAUUUUAUAGAAGACACAGAUUUUCUGGAAGACCUAGAUUGUCUGGAAGACCUUGAACACUGGAAGACAUGGAUUUUCCAGGAAGACGUGGAUUUUCCUGAAGACAUGGAUUUUUUUGGAAGACUGGAUUUUUUGGAAAACUUGGAGGUUGUUGGAAGCCAUGGACUGUCUGGAAGACAUAAAUUUUCUGGAAGAUCAGGAUUGUCUGGAAGAUACUGGGGUGGUUGGACGACUUGCAGUUGCUGGAAGACCUGGAGAUGUUGGAAGACCUUGACACUGGCACCACUGGAAGCCCUAGAUAUUGGAAACAUCAUAAGGACAGGAUGA